AUGUUAGGCAUCCCGAGAUAUUUCGGCCUCCGCGGCAAUGCACUCAACUUGGCAAUUAGUUGGAUUGCCGGGCUUGAUUUCCUACUCUUCGGAUACGACCAAGGCGUAACAGGCGGCCUACUCGAUCUAGAAUCUUUCAUAAAAUACUUCCCAGAUAUAAACGAUAAAGCAGAAGGAAUCAGCGACGCCGAAUCAAAAGCACGAUCAACAUACCAAGGAAUAACCGUCGCAGCCUACAAUCUAGGAUGUUUCCUAGGUGCAGUGUUCACCAUUUUCGUGGGAAAUCCCCUCGGCCGUCGAAAGACCAUAUUUUACGGCUCUAUCAUCAUGACUAUCGGCGCGCUGUUACAAUGCACUUCAUAUGACCUGCCGCAGUUCGUUGUAGGGCGCAUUGUUACAGGCUGGGGUAAUGGGAUGAAUACUUCUACUGUUCCGACUUGGCAGUCUGAGACGGCGCAGGCUCAUGCGCGUGGCAGGUUGGUUAUGAUUGAGGGGAUGUUAAUCACGGCUGGGAUUAUGAUCAGUUAUUGGAUUAACUAUGGCAUGGCAUGGAUCGGCGACAACGAAGUCUCAUGGCGUUUCCCGCUCGCAUUCCAAAUCGUCUUUGCCCUAAUUAUCUUCUCCGCUAUUCUUAAUCUUCCUGAAUCUCCUCGCUGGCUGCUAAUGCAAGGUCGGGAGGAAGAUGCGCUUCAGGUUCUGGAAGCUUUGAACGAUAAACAUCGCGAAGAUCCGUUCAUCAAGAAUGAAUUCGAGUCGGUUAAGCUGACUGUCUUGGAGAUGUCCAAGGGCUCUUAUGCUAGUCUGUUCAAGAUGUCCGAGUACCGCGAGUUCCACAGAGUGGUGCUUGCAUAUGUCAAUCAGAUGUUCCAGCAAAUCUCUGGUAUUAAUCUGAUUACAUACUAUGCACCACUUCUAUUCCAAGAUAUUGGUCUUGGUCAUAACAACUACCCUAAAUUGUUGGCAGCUUGCAACGGGACGGAAUACUUCCUAGCGUCGCUGGUUCCCAUUUUCAUUAUUGAGAGGAUUGGUCGACGCAAGCUGAUGCUUUUCGGAGCAGCCGGCAUGUCACUUUCUAUGGUUGCACUAGCCGUUUCACUGCAACAGUUACAAAAGAGCCAGGCAGAAGGCAAAGGAAAUACAGCUGGUCCCGCACAAGCGGUGUUCCUCUUCGUAUUCAAUACCUUCUUUGCUAUCGGCUGGCUAGGCAUGACUUGGCUUUAUCCCGCUGAAAUUGUGCCACUGAGGAUUCGAGCGCCAACGAAUGCCUUGUCUACGAGUGGCAACUGGAUCUUCAACUUCAUGGUUGUGAUGAUCACACCUGUGGCAUUUGCAAACAUUCAGUGGAGGACCUACGUAAUCUUCGCCGUUAUAAAUGCCGCUAUUUUCCCGGUGGUAUACUUCUUCUACCCAGAGACGCGAUAUCGCUCGCUGGAAGAGAUGGACGACAUCUUCAAGAAAUCAAGCAAUGUGUUCGAUGUCGUGUCGAUAUCUCUCAACGAGCCGCACCGAUAUGAUAAGGACGGUCAGCUUAAGCCGGAGUAUAUCGACGGUGUUAUGCAGCGAAAGAGUGUACAUGAUGAGCAGAAAGUCGAGCAUUCGGAGGGCUCCUCUUGA